GAUUGACUACUUAAUAUUAGUUGUGUUGAAGUAGCAUUAAUUGAUGUGAAAUCACAUUUUAAUUAGUUGAUUUAGAUUUAAAAUGUUAGAUUUAUCUAUAUUCUAUUCAACAUAUGAUUUAUGAAGUGACCAGGGCAGCUGACUAAUGUGCAUGGGUGUGGCAUCAUUCUUUGUAUUGACUACUGGGAAACAGUUGUGUGCGAGAUAUGCACUGACAAAAACCGGUCGCUUCCUUGGUCUCUUCUUAGUAUAAAAUGGAACCAGUUUUUGUUUAUGGAACAUUGAAACAAAAUCAGCCUAAUUAUAACCAUCUCAAUGACACUACAAAUGGCAGUGCAGUGUUUAGAUCAAUCGCCGUCACGGUCAAUAAAUAUCCCUUAGUAAUUUCCACUAGAUUUAAUAUACCAUUUUUGUUACAAAUUGAAGGCACUGGGAAUGAAGUUAGAGGUGAAAUAUAUGAUGUUGACACAAAAAUGUUGAAAUAUUUGGAUGAUUUUGAAAAUCAUCCAAAUUUUUAUGAACGAAAAAAGGCUCAAGUCAAAUUACCAAAUGCAGAUAUUAUUGAUUGUUGGAUAUAUUUUUUACCAAACUAUCCAGAUAGUUAUUUGGAGUUACAACGCUUUGACAAUUAUGACUCUGGUGGUGAUCAUGGACUUGCAUAUGUCACAAGGUAUCAAAGAGAUCCAGAUGACAAAUUAUCAUUUCCCAAUUGGAAAUCAUCUAGUUAAUGAUAUUUAAAUUGAUUUACAGCGAAGACCUACACUUAUUGGAAUAAGUAUUCAAGUUAUUCAAUAAAAUAAAGUCAUAGCGGUUUCCUCUUCUCAGUCCAAUUUUUAUUAUUAAAUCAAUUAAGUGUAAAAAAACCUAAAAUUAGUAUUGCACUACACUAGUGCAUUUUAAAAAUAAAUUCAUAUCACACAUUGUUAGAAAUACAAUUAAAUCAUAAAUUUGUUAAAAAAAAAUUAUGUGUAAGUGUUAUAAGUUAUAACAUAAUAUAAUCUUUUCUAUAUUAUAAAACACAUUAUCUAAAUUACGUUUAGGAAAAAUAAUUGUUUAAUAUAAAUUCACACUUUUUCUUUCAAUUUUAAUUGACUAGAAACAAUAAUUUAAAACUCGGUGCUUAAUGUGGCCAAAAUAUUUUUAAACAUAUUUUUAUAACUGAUUUAAAGUUACGGGACAGUUAUUUAUAUCCAUGACUUUUAUUCUAAAACAUUGUAUAUUCUGCAACACAACCAGAGCUACUUCUUCGCGUCCCAAUUCAUUUAAUUGAUCAACCAAUGUACCUGAGAGGAUAAUAAUUAAAUGUUUUAUUAAGAUGACAUUUUUA